AAUAUAUAUGGACUUAAUCUUAACUUUCUUAACAGUCCCUUACAGGCAUGUUCAAAACUUCUACUUCUUAUAUGUCUUGCUAAAGGCAUUAGUUAAAUGUACUCGGAUAAUCGCAAUUCAAACACAUAUCCUAUUAUUAAAAAAUAAUUUAAAAAUAUUUAUUCUCACUAGCCUGCCCAUAGCGACAUCGCAUAUACAUAAUGUAAAUUACAAAAAUGCGUAAUGUGCUGAUUGUUUAUACGUGACUAUUAUGCAGUAUGUGACAUAGGUAGCGAUAAUAUUUAAUAUUUUUUUGCAAAACUAGCACAGAAGCGCCUGAGAAGUCAAGCAAUCAUGUCGCUGACUAAAAUUCUUGUUGAAAUCGUCUUUCUUGGUGCAUGUAAGUGUUAAAUCAAAGUAACAAGAGUAACUGAAUAUUAUAAAAAAAAGGAUUACAACCAAUGCUAUUGGUUGAUUCCUCUCAUCUCCGCUCGUCUCCGUACCAGUGAAAAGGGCAAUAGGGCGUCGCGUUCAAAGGGUUAAAUAUUUAAUAUCUCCAGAAAGGAACCAUGGAAGCCAAUUUAAUUACCAUUUCGUCAUGUCGCCCGGUUUGGCCUAGUGGAUAGUGACUUAGCAUAUGAAGUCAAUGGUUCCAGAUUCGAAUCCCGGUAAGGGCAUUUAUUUGUGGGAUGAACAUAGAUAUUUGUUCCUGAGUCAUGGGUUUUUUCUAUGUAUAUACGUAUGUAUAUAUUUAUCUAUAGUCUGUGCGGAAAGAGAAGAGUCGUGGUAUGUAAGGGAACCCAUACAUUCUUACGACUCUUCUCUUUCCGCACCGACUCUGUAAGUAUUUAUAUCCACGUCUAGUACCCCUAUGGGUAACCUUGUACUAGGUUUGCUUAGUUUGGGGGGCUAGGUCGAUAUGUGUAAGAUUGUCCCCAAAUAUUUAUUUAUUUAUAUUUCGCACGAGGAAAAUAUUCUGCUUAAAUAUUCUGAAAUAAUAUUCUCUAAGAAUGUGCACAAAUUUAGAAGCGACUGCCACCUUAAAAUGCCUUUUUUUUCAGAUUCUAACACCCUCUAUUGCACCGGCAUAGCGCAGUCUAGUGGUGAUUCCUUGAAUUCGCCUACAGCUUUGACAGCUCCAUAUGAGAAAGGCAAGAAACAUAAGAAACGCAACGCGUUCAACCUGUACUAUAUGAUUGAAGAAUGCACUAAAUGUAGUGCGUGGGAUCUGUUGGGCUAUGGAAACUACUGUGGAUUCGGCGGGGCUGGGACACCGGUAGACGAUAUUGACAGCUGCUGUCAAAAGCACGACCGCUGCUACGAAGAUGUUAUAAAGCAUCACGACUGUUGGUGCGUCAAUAUCUACAUAAUGCCUUACGAUUGGAAAGUCUACGAGGGGUCCCCAUACUGCGGCGAUGAGACCAAUCGGUGUAGGAGGGAGAUAUGCCAAUGUGAUAAGGAAUUAACUGUGUGUUUGAAUAGAAUCGGGUGCCCCUAAGCCAUAAUGUGACUGCAAAUGUGUUUUCUGCUCUCCAGCCGGAAAGUGACAACUUUCGGCCCGCUGCACUAAACAGUUGCCGCUUUCCGGCUCCGUUGAGUCGAGUUCAGAAAGUGUUUACACACCUCGGCCAGUAAAUAAGGAAGCCUAAGGGUAAAGAUUUCAAAAGUAAAGAUAAGCCCGUUCAUAUAAUUCCGACCGAAUAUUCUCGUUUGGUGUCAAAUCGCAUUGGUUGAGGAGUUGUGCAGUCACUGCACGAUCGGCUAGCAUUCCCCCAUUGGCCCCAUUCGUAGUGCUUGUAACCCGUCUUUACGAAGUAAUAUAUUGUAUAAGCUAAUUUAGCCAAUGGCCUAAGAUCACAUAUUUGUCGACCUCGGUCGCCUCGGCCACAAAAACAUGUGAUCCGAGAUAUUUCUUACUUUACUGCCCUGGGUAUGUAAUAUACUAGUUUUAACCUUUGAACGCCACGCCUAUCGUGUGUGGCGUGUAAUCGUGAAACUAAUCAGAAUACACGAAGGUUGAUACUGGGCUGUUAUAAGCGCGUGUCAGUUGACGUUUUUGACGGUCUAAGUGAUAACGAAUUUUGGAAAAGAACAAACUCAGUCGCACAACACUCACAUAAAUAUUGUGUGUAACUCCGGGGGUAGGAAUAUUGCAAACUCGACUCUUUAAUUCACUCGAGUCGUUAAUUAACACCCUCGUUUGCAAUUUUACUUACCCCCUCGUUGCACAAUGUACUAUUGUGAAUAGGUAUAUAAAAAGUUUUCAGCGUCAUUUUAAAAUACUUAUAUGCUUUCUCCAUACUAUUUUUACUUGUAUAUAUGAAUUUGUUAAUUUA